UAACUUGUUUCCGGAUUUUAAUGAGGGAGGUGGAGAUGAAAAAUGUAGAUUAUUUUUGUUGGAACUGACACUACUGGCUCCGCAAUGUCACUGCAAGAGCUAGAGCAGGAUCCUUUUGAUCCAGAGGAGUUUGUAGAACGGCUGGCCUGGAGGACAAUGGGAACUAAGGCUCGGAGUAACCCAGACGAGUUCUACCCAAUGACACUCCAUGGGGCCUUUGAGAAGACCAUCCGAGACCUGAAAGACAUGAAUGCCAGGAUGCAAAAGAAUGUGGAAAAGUUAGAGAGUGAGUGCCAGGAAGAAGAGAAACGGCAUUGGCAGAGAGUGGCAGAGUUACAAAAGACAAACCAGCAAUCUUAUGCUCACUUCCAAGAGUUGAAUGAACGGAUCAACUUUGUGGCCACCAAGGUUGUUCAUUUAGGGGAUCAGUUGGAGGGUGUGAACAACCCCAGGGCACGGGCGGUGGAGGCACAGAGGCUUAUGAACUACUUCUCAGAGUUUCUGUCAGAUGAACCAUUAAAGUCAGCUGUCUUUACUGACCCCUUCCAGCUACAGUUGGCAGCUGAUAUCAUCCAGAAGCUCCACCUAGUGGCCAUGGAGUUGCCAAAGGGAGAGAAGUUUGUAAAAGCCCGAAACAGAAUCAAUGUGAAAUACGAGCACAUUGAGAAGGAGCUGAUAGAAGAGUUCCGAAUCGCUCAUCAGGCCGGGGAGCGGAAACAGAUGAAAAGGGUGGCCUCUGUCCUCUCCCACUUCAAGGGAUAUGGCCAGUGCAUUAAUGCUUUCAUAGAAGAGUGUCAGAAAGGUGCCUACAAAAGAGAAGAUCUGUAUGCAGACAUAGUGCCUCUGUGUCAGACAACCUACCAGCUGAUCAAUGAAGUCUUCACCAGUCCAGAGACUGUCAUGAGCAAGUUUAUACAGAACAUCUACCUGGUCAAGUUAAAGAACAACAUCAAUGAACAGUUACAAAAUACAACAGAUUCAGAAAAAUAUUUACAGAAACUUUUUAAAUAUUAUACAAAAACAACAAAACUGUCUAAUGAGCUGUCAACCUUUAAGCUGGGUAAUGACAGUUCCUUCCUCAAUAAACAGACCAAAGCUAUCUUUGAUUCAUAUUUGGACACCUACAUCAGCCUGGAGACGCGGUACCUAAAGGAACGAGGGGUGACCAUCUUACAGCGGUACUACCACGGCAAGGACCACGAGAAGAAGCAGUUUCAGUCUGGAGGGAUUCAUGACUUAAGGAGAGAUCUACAGGCUAAGAUAGGCACAAUAUCAAACAAAGCCAACAUAAACAUUGGACCUGCCAUAGAGAAUUAUGGAGGGGAGACUUUCUUGAGUCAGGAGGUGGCCAUCAGCGUGUUGCAGGAGACUAAGGAGGCCUUCAAACGCUGCAAAGUUUUGUCUGGCCCAUCAGACCUUCCUAAGAAUGCUGUGAGAAUAUUUGAGGUUCUGGUACAAUUCCUGAUCACAGAGCAUAUAGACUAUGCCGUGGAGUUGGGGUUACAGGCUGUGCCCUUAGCGGAACCAAAAUCAGAACCACAGGUGUAUUACUUUGAUGUUGUGGGACAGGCCAACACCAUCUUCCACCUGUUUGAGAAACAGUUCAGUGACAGCCUGGUACCCUUAGUUCUGUCCUCCCCUCAGCACAGUGAAUGUGUAACAAGGAAGAGAGAACUGAUUGAACAGCUGGAGAACAAGAUGGACCUUGGACUGGACAGAUCUGUGUCAGCCAUCAUUGGCUGGAUCAGGUUUAUCCUGGCCACAGAACAGAAAAAAACAGAUUUCAAAAAUGAUGCAGAAGAUGCUCCUCUGUCUAUGUUGUCUCCGGCAUGUGAAAAAGUGACAAAAUUUCUGAGUCGACAAGUGCGAAAAAUCCGUGAUGGUUUAGAUGGGAAGAAUGUGGAGGCAACUCUGAUGGAGUUAGGCACACGCUUUCAUCGGCUAAUCUUUGAACAUUUCCAACAGUUCCAGUACAAUUCAAUAGGGGCCAUGUUGGUGAUCUGUGAUGUGAAUGAAUACAGGAAGUGUGUGAAGGAUUUCCAAUUGCCACUGAUCACACAGCUGUUUGAAAAGUUGCACGCGCUGUGUAACUUGCUUGUAGUGGUACCUGAGAACCUGAAGCAGGUGUGCACGGGAGACCCACUGACUGGCCUGGAGAAACAAGUUCUGCUCUCUUUUGUUCAGCUGAGAGCCGAUUACAAGACUGCCAGGAUUGCCAACAUCCUCAAAUAGACAACACAUCAACACAUUGUAUGCAUAGAACCUUUUUGUGCUUAUAGGACCUGUUUGUGCAUAAAGAACCAGUUUCUGUAUAAAGAACCUGUUUGUGCAGAUUGGACAUGUUUACUUACUGCCAACAUUGAUAUCCAGCACAGACAUCUUGGGCGUGUGCAUAUAGGACCUGUUUCCUCAAUGUCAACACUGAUCUACCAUGGUGACAUAUAGGACCUGUUUCCUUGCUGUCAACACUGAUCUACAAUACUGACAUACAAGACCUGUUUCCUUGCUGUCAACACUGAUCUACAAUACUGACAUACAAGACCUGUUUCCUUACUGUCAACACUGGUCUACAGUACUUGACAUAUAAGACCUGUUUCCUUACUGUCAACACUGGUCUACAGGACUGACAUAUAGGACCUGUUUCCUUACUGUCAGCAUUGAUAUACAUGUACAUGUACAGUACUGACAGCGUGGUGCUGCCUGGAUUUUGUGCCUCUGAUGGUUUGGGACUGUUUUGUCUUGGUUCUUCUAGCAGGGAUGGCCUCCCAAGGGCACAUAACCUGGGAUGACUGGCCUCACAAGGACAUACCUACUUUGGCUGGCCUCACGCGUGACAUAACCUACCCUGGCUGGCCUCAUGGGGGCAUAACCUACAUGUACUCUGGCUUGCCUCAUGAGGGCAUAAGCUACUCUGGUUAAUCUCAAGGGGGCAUAAGCUGCCCCUGGCUGGCCUCACAGGGACAUAACCUGCGAUGAUUGGCCUCAUGGGGAUAUAACCUACUCUGGCUGGCCUCACAAGGACAUAACGUACUCUAGCUGGUCUCACAAGGACGUAACAUACUCUUGCUGGUCUCAUGAGGGCAUAAGAUACUCUGGCUAGCUUCAUGAGGGAAGAAACCUACUCUGGCUGGCUUUACGGGGACAUUGCUUACACUGGCUGACUCUCACAGUGGAUGGGAUACAGUGUCAGGCUACAGCUCCGGCUGGGUCAGGUACUCCUCGACAUCAGACAUGUCAGGUGCCUGGCAAAGUGCUGCAGUUGCCUUCCAUUGGUUUUACUGUAUAAACCCCACAUAUGCCAUUUCAGAGACGACCAAUAAGUCAUCCUUAUGCAUUAUUGGGGGUAAAAUAUGGUUGUCAGCUUGAUGCAGUUGUGGAUUAGACUUCUGACAGUAGGCAUUGACUGAUUGCUACAUGUAUCUCUGGAUGUCAUUUUACACAUGUUGCUUAUGAAAUGCUGUGGAAAUAAUACCAUGAUAAUUGUUUCAGACAAGUAAUGUAGCUUUGUUGCCAUAAAUUGAGGGCGUCAGUUCUGUUUGUGUAAUCUUUUAUGGUUAAUUUCUUGUUCAGGACACUUGAACGCCAUCUGAAAACAGUGCAUCCAGUUGUAAACAGUACAUAAUUCAGUGGGCGCAAGCUCUGAAAGCUUCUGGUUGUAAAGUAGGGUACUUUCAUAUCUUGUUGCUCCUUGGACUACCUGAGCUAGUGUAUGUUUGAUGUCGUCUUUUGCUGAUGUCUCUGUAUGCUAUAGGGCAACAUCAUUUAUGAGAGAAGUUAUGAUAAAUUAAUUUACAAAGAUUUGUUAAUUAUUUAUUUAUAUUGUUGGUGUUUUGCGCCAUACUCAAGAAUAUUUCACUUAUACGACGAUGGGGAGGAAAUACAAAGUUUUUUUACAAGUGGGCCGUGGUUUCCAUUACAUUGACUUCAAGUGGCAUUUAGAACUGCAUUAUAUGACUGUGCAGUCCAUAUGUCUAUUCAAAUGCUACUGCGUGUAUAACUAUUAUAAAUUACAACAACAAUGAACAAUUUGUAAACAAAACUUGUCAAAAUUUGUAACAAUACUUACGUUUGAACUCAUUAUGUGGUUAUAAUGUCAUGGAUGUACAUUUAGAUAUAUAACUAUGUGCUGUUGACAUUGUACAUGUAAUGGAUAUAUAAUUAUUAAGAUCUUCAUUUACUCCCAUCAUUAUAUGAAUUUCUUUCUCCAAACUGGUAUGAUAAAAGCUGUAAUCUGUAGUCAGAAAUGUUACAAUGUAUUGUCUGUAUGCCUGUAUAAAUGUGCAGAGUGCCAAUACUGUUAAUAUAUUGGUGAUUGAAAUGUGUAAGAAUACCCCAGCUUAUAUAUGUGUGUAAAUAUGCACUAUUCAAAAACAUGACUAUAUAAACAUCAAACACGUUUGGCUCUGUUUUGUUAGCUCGCCAUUACAAAGUAAGACAAGGUGUUGUGGGUGGGGGAGAGUAGUAGUGUUUGUGUUUGUCUCCUGGUAAGGUCAGAUGUUGAGUAUAAGGUUUCAGGUUCUUUAUGUACAUGCUUUGAAGAUGUAGACCUCUUAACUCUGUGA